AAAUGUCAAACGGAUUUGCCAAUGCCGAAGGUGAUAAAAAGAAGAAGAAGAUGGCGAUCAUUAGUGUGUCUUCUUUAAUCCUCGUGGCAAUGGUUGUGGCCGUUACCGUCGGCGUCAACAAUGCACCCAAAGAGGAGCACGGUGAUGGUCACGGUGGCGAAACACAUGAGAUUUCAUCAACAACCAAAGCAAUCCAAGCUAUUUGCCAACCGACGGAUUACAAAGAUGUAUGCGAGAAGAAUCUAAUGGCAGAAGCCGGUAACACAACAGACCCUAAAGAGCUCGCAAAAGUCGGCUUAAGGAUUGCCACGAGGAAUCUAAACGAGGCGAUUAGAAAUUCCACCACGCUUCAAGAAUUAGCCAAAGACCCAAGAACCAACCAAGCCCUUCAAAACUGUCGUGAGCUUUUAGAAUACGCCAUCGAUGAUUUGAACGAAUCCUUUGAAAGAAUCGGCACCUUCCAAAUGUCCAAACUCGACGAGUUCGUUGCUGAUCUAAAGAUUUGGCUCAGUGGGGCUCUCACGUACGAGCAAACUUGUUUAGAUGGAUUUGAGAACACUACAGGUGAUGCUGGUGUGAGAAUGCAAGAGUUUUUGAAGUCAUCUCAACAAAUGACAACCAACGGGCUUGCCAUUGUUAACGAAUUGUCUGGCAUGUUGGGCUCACUUCAAAUUCCUGGAAUGACUGGACGACGACUUUUGGAGGACGAUGCUGAUGAAAUGCCGUCGUGGGUCAGCGAGGGAAAGAGACGCUUGAUGCAAGCGGCAGCGGCGUCGAUGAAACCCGAUUUGGUGGUGGCUCAAGAUGGGAGUGGGAAAUACAAGACUAUAAAUGCAGCUUUGGCCGAUGUGCCUUUGAAGAGUAACAAAACGUUUGUGAUUUAUGUGAAGGCUGGAAUUUAUAAGGAAAUUGUUGUUAUUCCUAAGGCUAUGACUCAUCUUACCAUGUACGGUGAUGGUCCAACCAAGACUAUCGUUACUGGUAGUUUGAACUUUAUCGAUGGUAUUCAAACAUUCAAAACUGCCACCUUCGCUGCAAUUGGAGCCAAUUUCUACGCUAGAGACAUGGGAUUCGAGAACACAGCUGGAGCAGCAAAGCACCAAGCCGUAGCCCUACGAGUUCAAUCCGACAGAUCAAUCUUCUACAACUGUAAAAUUGACGGAUACCAAGACACUCUCUACGCACACGCUCACCGUCAGUUCUACAGAGAUUGCAUAAUCAGUGGCACCAUCGACUUCGUCUUCGGCAACGCCGCCACCAUUUUCCAGAACUGCAAGCUAGUGGUGCGAAAGCCAAUGGAUAACCAACAAUGCAUCGUAACUGCUCACGGCCGUCUCAACCGCAAGGAGCCGACGGCAUUGAUCUUCCAAAGCUGCCAUUUCAUGGGUGAUCCAGCUUACUUGCCAUUCAAAAACAUCAACAAGGCAUACUUGGGCCGCCCUUGGAAGCAAUAUUCAAGAACCAUUAUAAUCGGGUCUCAGAUAGACGAUAUAAUCCAGCCUGAAGGAUGGUUGCCAUGGAUGGGCGAUUUUGGGCUGAACACGUUGUUCUACGCCGAGGUACAGAACAAAGGGCCAGGAGCUGAUGAAAGCAAGAGAGUGAAGUGGCGAGGAAUUAGACAUAUUACUCCACAACAUGCCGCCGAUUACACUCCUCGACGAUUUAUUGAUGGCGAUGCUUGGAUUCCUGCUAAGGGAAUUCCGUACUCUUCUGGAAUGAUGUAAUGAAGGCAAUCUAAUUAAAUCCCUUUUUUUUCCUUCUCUUUUUCUUUUUUACGCACAUUUUGGCGUUUAAUGUAAC